AUGGUUUUGUUGGUGCAUAUGACUCUAUUUUCUGGAUGCCUGGUAUUUAUGACUGGAAUGUAUAAUGUCGAGGCCUGGGCUUACCAUUACAACAUCGACAGUAAUUUGGACUGGACAGCAGCUCGUCAGUGGUGUCAAACGCAUUUCACAGAUAUGGUGGCCAUCCAAAACCAGGCAGAAAUUGCAUACCUUAACGAAAUUCUCCCUUUCCAUCGGGCAUACUACUGGAUUGGCAUUAGGAAGAUUGACGGCCAUUGGACAUGGGUUGGGACCAAAAAGCGCUUGGUCAUCGAAGCAGCAAACUGGGCGACAGAUGAACCGAAUAACCAGGGGACUGGAGAAGACUGUGUGGAGAUUUACAUCAAGAGGAACAAAGACACAGCCAAGUGGAAUGACGAAAGGUGCAGCAAGAAAGCAACUGUGUGUUAUUUAGCCUCUUGCACUGAGACGUCCUGCAGUGAGCAUGCUGAGUGUGUGGAGACUAUUGGAAACUACACAUGUCAGUGUGACCCUGGUUUCAUGGGCCCACGCUUUGUCCAGUGCCAGCCUGUUGAAAAUCCACAACAGGGUAUUGUGAAGUGUGACGGCGUCUUUGGAGUGUUUCAUUUUAACUCAUCAUGCCAGUUCCAAUAUGCCACUGGGUUCAAUCUGGAGGGGGCACAGAGGAUACACUGCUUGGCAUCAGGACAUUGGAAUAAUGCCCUUCCUGUUUGUCAUGCUGUCAAAUGUCGGCCAAUCAUUGAUGUCCCUCGUGGUUUGACAAUGAUCUGUACUCAUCCGCUUUCCAUGAAUAGCUUCAACUCAAGCUGUGAGUUUGAGUGUAAGGAGGGUUAUGAGCUCAAUGGUUCAAAGACAACCUGGUGUGACCACACUGGCCACUGGACAGACAAAUCCCCCACCUGCACAGGCUCCUAA